UUCAUUUCACCUGGCUCUGGCUGUCUUCUAUUAGUGACCCACCCACCCGAGAUUCUCGUUUGGGUCCUAAGCCUGAGAGCCCUGCUCUUUGCCGCCGCUGGCGCAACAUAGUCACUGGGUCUAUCCUACUUGCUGACGACGCGAUAACACUUAGAAACCCCGUGUUUCUAUUCCCUCUCCGAAUUAUUCUUGCCGUGUUGGCGACUCGGGGAUGGAGAUUUUAUGAGGAAUUGUCGACAACGAAGCUUAUACGGGGGAGAUCUGUUUGAGCAGGACUACUCAGGACAGGCAUACGUGGGCUUUGUUUUUUUCCCCUGCAUACCUAGUUUGCUGCAGCUAUGCCUCCCGAGCAUAGGCCCAACGAUCGGAUCACCUCCUACAUCAUGAAGACAUCCAGUCGACCACUACCUGUCUCAACGCAUGCGAUUGCUGCUCAUUCUCGCUCAAACUCGCAGUCGCUAUUCCCCCCAAAAUCUACGAGCACCCCAAUUGCGUCACCACCGCAUGCGCCGUAUUCCGUCGGGCAGCCAUACCCUCCAAUGGUCUCGCCGAGUGCGCCCUGGAGUGCGGCACAAGCUGGCAGACCACCAAGUCCCAAUUAUUUCGGCCUUGCCGUCGAGUCUGGCCCAGAUCCACGAGACUCGUCGCUGUUGCCCCGGGAGAACUGGAGCUCUCCAACAUCCUCAGUAAAGUCAUUUGCGGCGGCACUCCCAAAGCAAACCCCAUUAGAUGCCAAUCCCGACUUCGAGGCGUUUCGAAGGCAGGUCGAUUCAAAUAGAGGGAUAGCGGGGUUUAGUCUGUCGACAUCAAGCCUCACAAACGUCGCUACGCAAAGUCUACUAGCCGCAACACCGUACGGCUUGCAGCGGCCGUUUCCUGCAAUUUGGCAGACCCAUCGAAACGACUCUGGUUCGUUUUUUCCACAAGCGCCAGGAUUUGUUGGCGGACCACCAAAAACAAGAGAUUUCUCUGGGAGAAAGUCAAAUGUCGAUUUAGAGAGCCCGAAAGAUUCCGCAUAUGGAUCCAGAGGUUCCAAGCGCAAUUCCGAGGCAUCUGUUGACCCUCUAUCCUUUUUGAACUCUGGGAUAUCUGAAUCACCCUCUCAGCUCGACUCGCCAUUCCAGAGCAGCCCAAAGAUUGAUACUCGGCCUACCAACCAGAAUGGCCAACAUGAUACAUCAUCAUCUGCCCCGCCGAAGCCCGAAGGCGGCGGUACUGCGAUGUUAUCGCCAACCAAAUUGAGAGAUCUGAUAGAAAGCUCCACUGGUGCAGAUAUUUUGAUACUGGACGUGAGAGUCUCGCCCCAAUUUACACAGUCCAGAAUCAAGGGUGCCCUGAACCUGUGUAUACCGACUACCCUUCUGAAGCGGGCAACGUUUAACCUGCAGAAACUACAACAAACCUUCCAAACAGAUCAGGAUCAAGAGAGGUUCGCUAGCUGGCGCAACGCAAGCAAUUUGGUUGUUUACGAUGGCUUCUCGUCCGAGAAGCGCGACGCGAUCUCGGGGAUGAACAUGGUCAAGAAGUUCACUGAUGCUGGGUACACUGGUACCACAAACCUUCUUCGCGGAGGAUUCAACGCGUUCGCCGCGGCCUACCCCGAUCUGGUCGAUCGGACCUCUGGCCGAUCAUACCCGAGCCUGUCUUUGGGUGCUAGUUCGGCAUCAAAUGGCCCUCGGUCUAGCAUCCCUCCUAUUAUCGGAGGUGUUUUGUUGCCCAACUCCAACAAUAACCCUAACCCGUUUUUCAGCAACAUUCGGCAAAACCAAGAUCUUCUAGAUGGAGUUGGACAGAUGGAUAUUGGCGUCCCUGCAGGGCUUGAUGAGGAUCGCUUGCCACGCUGGCUGAGGGACGCAACCACGAUCAGCGACCACGGAAAGAAAGUAUCGGACAAGUUCCUGCGAAUCGAGCUGACAGAGCAGUCGCGCAUGAAGGAGGCGUAUUCUGCCUUCAUUCCGGUCCAGGCCGGUGAAGCUGCCCGCGAAAAUACCAAGGUACAGCUGUCGGGCAUCGAAAAGGGUGGCAAGAACCGGUACAAGGACAUCCUGCCGUUUGAGCAUGCCCGCGUUAGGCUUCAAGGGCGUACAGAGGGCGAGUGCGACUACGUCAACGCCAGCUAUAUUCAAGCCAACCGAAGUCACAAGCGAUAUAUCGCCAGCCAAGGGCCAUUGCCGGCGACGUUUGACGACUUUUGGUCUGUAAUCUGGGACCAGGAUGUGCGUGUCAUUGUAAUGUUGACAGCUGAAUCCGAAGGAGGUCAGCUCAAAUGCCAUCAAUACUGGAAAGGGAAAGACUUUGGCCCAAUUAGGCUCCGGGUCCUCUCGGAGAAAAAGGUGUCGCUGGAUAUCGACAAGCGCCAGCCAAGCUCCCAGACGAUACUGGAUUUUACCCGGCAUGCCUCGGUUUCUGGUGCGCCGCCGGCAGAGUCUGUACAGGAGUCGCCUGCGCCCAGCCAUUCGAAGGUUGAAGGGGCUCGCCGUCGAGCUAAUACAACGACGACACUCGACUCGAGCGCCACCGCCCCCCCUAAAGCCGGUCUCGGUCCGCAGCUCGCGGGCGCAGGAGAGGCGCCAUAUGUCAUUAUCCGGAAAUUUGCGCUCAGUCAUGCGGCGCAUCCAUUUUCGACUAUUCGCGAGAUCACUCAACUUCACUAUCCUUCUUGGCCUGAUUUCGGUGCCCCUGCGCAGCCUAGCCAUCUUCUUGCAUUAGUUGAGCUUGCCAAUGUUAUGCAACGUGCUGCCCCCCCGGUUGAUGGUUCCAGGUUGAAUGGUCUGCCAUCGGUACCACGACGUGGCGGUUCCUUCGACGAGGCCUCUAGCCCCAUGAACGAACGGGAUAGAGCUUGGAGGAAUAUGGAAGGCUCCAAAGGGAGUGACAGCUUCUCUUCCACGAACUUGUUGGACGCGCCCGAGUCUCGCGAUCAAGCUAGGCCCAUGUUGGUGCAUUGCUCGGCAGGGUGUGGCCGCACGGGUGCCUUUUGCACUGUCGAUAGCGUUAUCGAUAUGCUCAAACGCCAGAGGCUACGUGCUGCGAAGCAGGAGCAGGCCCGUAAGAGGAAUGACGACAGGGAAUCGCUUCUUUCUCAGCAGACGAGCGAGGGCGCCAGAGCUAAACGCCAAGCACUGGAUCGCGACAUGGACGGGGAUAUUUUAAUGUCGGAACGUGGAGAAGAGGUCGAUCUCCUCACGACGUCCCAGCAACCGGCCGCAUACUUCUCCAUGGGCGACACCGCGCAUCCUGCCUCCGAAACCGGUAGAUAUUCCGACGACAUACGCAUCGAUACCAGCUGGUUCGAUGAUGACAGCGUUGAUCUUAUUGCUCGUACUGUUGAGGAGUUCCGCGGGCAGCGACUAAGUAUGGUGCAAAGUCUGCGCCAGUUUGUUCUCUGCUACGAGACGGUCCUCGAAUGGAUCCGACGUAUCAAGGACCGUAGCGGGAACCAGGGCGGAAGGGGAAGGGGGAGGAGCGGGAGCGGGAGCCUGGCUAUGUGAAUGGAGGAACAAUGUAUGGUAUUGUUUGGGAGACCGUGAAAAGACCGGUCGUGGCUCAAGGUCACAUCCAUGGCGGAUACUUUCUUACAUCUUUUCAGCAUUGUUAAGUAGAGGAUAGGGAAAAUGGGCUAUGACUGUGGCCCGGAGC